AUGUCGCCAUACUUGCGUUCGCUACGCCGCGCAAGCCUGCGGCCCGUGCUGUUUCUCCUGGGAUUUCUCGUGCUGGUGCCGCUGCUCGUCUACAACUUCCUAACCUUCGACUUUCUACGCGUUUCGUCCUUCGAGCAUCGCUUCCGGUCCGUUGCCGCACCCACCGGCACUUGUCUAGUCGUCGACAGUCAUGAAUUCCUACGUCCUGACGCUUUCCACACGCUGCAGACGCGCUGUGGCGCUCAACACGCGCCUAAAACAUUCAAACCUACCAGUAAAUUGCGUCUCAUUCACUUCACGGACAGGGAAGAGUUCACGUACCUGCAAUUCGCAGCGUUACAGUCGGCCCGACGCGUACUCCGACCCGACACGAUGAUGAUGCACUACCUGGAGACGCCACGUGGUGUCUGGUACACGCAGUGCCAGCGUCACUUGGGACUGCACAAAGUGUUGCCGCCUGUGUCCUUCGACGUCAUGCAGAAGGCGGGACCUCCGUACUUGAAUAGGCAACAGAGACGGCAAAUUGUCGAAGUAUUGCUCAUGCUGCGUGCACUCAAGAAACACGGCGGAGUGGCCUUCUCCGACUUCAAUACAUUCCUAUUGAGAGGGAUUAGUGUGGACAUACAGGACGGGCUCCUGGUAGCGAGUCAAGCGAGAGGAAGGAGGAACGCGUUUAAUAUGGGGCUACACACGAUGCAGGCGCCGCCAGGUCAUCCGUUCGUCGAGUUUUUAGAGCUCAAGAUCAUCGAAAUGGUGCAACAGAACGACCCAAAGCUCCACGAGAUGACGCUAAACGAGGCAGUGGGACAGAUCGUGGUCGAGAAAUACUUGGAGGAGCACGAGGGCGAUUCCAAAUCUUCGGCCAUUCUAAGCGGCGUCGCAGUGGCCACUUCCGACCUUCUCGCGUUCGACGCACGUCACGGUCUACUGACGAAGAAGGUAGCCGCGUCACUUGCUGGGAAGUUUCGAGCUGUGGCUGCUUUCCACGUAGAUAAGUACGAUUUUGAAGAGAAGACAGCAGAUACAGUCGAGCUAAGAGAGCUCGCGCGAAUGCAGAAGGAGUUGACGUUAGCAGGCGAGUGGCAGAGUCUAGAUACACUGCUUGGCGCGGUGGUAAGGUUAGCGGUGACAGCAAAUGAGACUGUAGAGCUGGAGCCGCUUUUCUCGUAA